AUGGAUAAGAUAAUUAAAAAUGAAAAUAUUGAUCAUAUUUAUUGUAAUAAAAUAACUACGAGGGAAGGAUUGCCUUAUUCUGAUAAAAGUAACUUCAUUGGUGAUGACAAAACAGUGAAAAAAAUGAAAAAUUUUAUUUUAUCGAAUAUUAAUCUGAUUGAAGAAUUGCAAAGUCAAUUGCAAGAACGUGAUAGUUUAAUAGCUAAGCUUCUUGCAGAAAAUGAGAGCUUGAAACAACGAUUACAACGAUAUAAGCACUCGAAAGGAUCAAGUAAGAAAUCAGAUUUUUAUAAAGAUUCGAACAACACCACAAACAAUAAUAAUAACAACAACAACUUACCGGUAGCUACACAUAAACAUAAACCGAAUGAAAAGAAAAAUGAUGGUUUAGUUAAAGACAAGAGAGUGUCCAUCGACACUUCAGAAGAUGAAAUAUUUAAGAAGAAACCAUUGGACGAUUCACAAGAGUCGAUCAGCAUUAAAUUGAGUAGUAAAAACUUAUUUUUAAUGACCAACAAACCUUACAUCAUCAACGAUUGGAAAGUUUGUGAUUUAGAGGAUGAAGAAAUUCAGAAAGGCUUUGACGAUAUUAAUUUGGAAGUUCCACGGUGGGUUGAAGUGAAUUUGCCUACAACACCUACCAAUGAGAUUGAAAAUUUACCAGUGGAAGAUGUAAGUGACGAAGCUUUUCUAAAACGUCAUUUAAAAUAUGAAAUUGACGAGAGAAGACGAAAAAAGUGGGAUCAACAAAGGAUCAGAGAACAGAAGAAUAUUGAACGGUUGAAAAAACGUCAUCUGAAAGAAGAAUAUGCAGAAAUGAUCAACACAACCGCGAAAAUCCCGAAAACAAUGAUUUCAUUCUUCCCAGACAUUGAAACUAUUAAAUUCAUACAAAUCUCUGAUGAUCUCCCCAUAUCCGCUUUUGGCGAACAAAUCCCAAAAUUGCAACCGAAAGACUUUUCUCUGCCCUGGCUAUCUGAUAACGAUAACGAUAACAGUAACAUUUAUAGCAUUGAAACUAUGUGCUCGAACGGAAAUCCUCGAAUGAAAGUUCGAACAAAAUUUAUUAGCCGCUGCUCAAAACCCAUAGCAAAGUAAUUUUAAUAGCUUUUUUAGUGCUUAAGUACAUGGCUGUUCAGAAAUAUUGUCAUAUAAUGACCGUAAAAUGUUUAACUAACUCUAAAACUCUCUCAAAAUGUUUUCUACUUUUUAUUUCAUUGAUAAACAAAACAAGAAAUGUUUUUGACUUUAUUUCUGGCACAGACAACAUUCGCUGAUUAAUUUUAAAAUGUUUUACUUUUAUUUUAAUCUUCUUCGAUUUUAUUUGAGAUUCACGUGAUGUAAAGUUUUAUCAAUUUUCUGUACUUUUUUUAUAAUUUUAAUUAAAUUUGUGUCAAACAGUUUUGUAACAUAUUUUUGUUUAAGUUCAAGGCUCUUUGAAGCUGAAUACCAACAAUAAAGAGUGUCAUAU